AUUAACUAUAACAUUUGUAAAAAUCACUAUAAUGCAUCAACAUCACAACAGUUGAUAAAUUCAGAUCCCAACCGUUGGAGAGUUGUUCAGCUUCUUUUUCAAGCUAGCUAGCGUCCAAAGAAUAAGAGACGAAAGGUUCAAUCCAUUUCCAUUCAAAGGCUUUGGCUUUAAUUUGGAUUAACUACUCUUUCUUUCAUCUGGUUGUCAUCAGAAAAGAGGAAUAGAAAAGCAGGUCAAUCCGGUAGAAAUUCUCAAUUCUCAUUUCAAAUCUUGUUUAGGAGGAGUAGACAUCCAGCAAAUGGAUUCUAGUUUGAGAGGGCCACAUGUUUCUACCAAAUGUGAAACAUCAUCAGAACAAGAUUCAUACCGAAUGGGACAAUCUGUAGAUGUUGAUUGGUUUUAUCGAAGGAAGACGAAGUUGACAAGUUCAAAUUUGAUAAGGAUAAGGGAUUUUAUGAGCCUCUUGUUGACUUAUCCAAUGAAAUUAGAGGAGGAAGAUAUACUCAAAUCAUGGAUUGCUGCAUUUUCUGAACGAAAAGCUCACUUAUUAUCCUAUGGUGAGGAUGAUAUUGUGAUGAUAGACAAACCAUGGCUUGAACUAACUGAGAAGGCAUUCAGAAGCAUGCAAGUAUUUAUGCCAAUGCAAAUAAGAAUUUGGGAGGGAUCCUUCCAUCUUCUUGUAAUGACAGAAGGCAUCCUCCCCAUGGCAGUUGAUCUAGCAGUUGACCAGCUGAUUCAAACUUUGUUUUCUAGAGAUUGUUCUGCACGCUAUAUCAGACUGUUAACUAGAAACUUGGCUGAAAAAACAUCUGUAGUGAACAAAGUAACAACAGCCUUGGAAGAGAAGGAAAACAUGUUUGGAACUGAUAAGGAUUUUCUGAGAACCCUAUGGAUCGAUGCCUCAACAUAUGGGACUCAUGCAGAGGUUCGAGUUCAAGAAGAGAUCAAUACAAUGAUGUUAACAUGCUUUUCUGUGACAGAAGACGAUGACAAGUUGAGUGCUCAAUACAUUGAGGAAAAGAUGGCAAGUAAUAGGCAUUUGGUGAUUGUAGUCGAUGCUAACAGCAACAAGCUGGACUUACAACAGGUGUAUUUCCCUACUGGAAUUGUGGUGUUGAUAACCACUGAAUUGCCAACACGGGCAAAUAAGGAUGAUGACUUUAAGAUUACAUGCAUGAUGGAUUUGAAUAUUAGGAUCAAGGAUCAUCUGUUGCCUUGGGAAGUCUUUUGUCGCUAUGUGAAUUAUAGCACGAUAUGUUCCUCAUGGUUCAUUCAGAUAAUUGCAGCGCAAAUAGUUAAGGAAUGCCAUGGUCAUCUUCUUGCCAUUGUCCUUGUGGCAAAUUACUUGAAACAUAUGAAACAAAUUAGACAAUGGGAACUUGCACUUGUCAAAUUGAGCGCCCUGAAUGUUUCCUAUGAUUAUCAAGGUAGUGAUAGAAUUGGCAUUAGUAGAGUCAUGGUCAAUGCAUUCGAAAAUAUUAUUUGGGAAGACAUUAAUCAUACAGCAAAGCUUUGCCUUGAACGCAUGUUGUUUGUUCACAACAUUAAAAUCGGAGUGCAAGAUGACAUCUUGGAGUCUACGCUUUCAAAUUUAUUAGGACAUAGAAGAGGAGAGAGAUUUGCACAGCCUCUCAUCAAAAUGUUUCUAGAUCGUUUUGUCUUGUUGAACAAUGCGAGUGGAGAAGUUUAUGUGCCGAUAGAAACCUAUGAUAUAAUAAAAUCAUUACACACCUCCAAUCCCUCUAUCAUAAGUCACGGUGCAUUAGGAUUAACGGAGCCACCCUACAUUGGACGAUGGCAUGGCCUUAUUCGAAUAGAACUGAUGGACAAUAAAAUAUGUGAGCUACCACAAUCACCAGAUUGCCCUAAACUCGAAGUGUUGUUGUUGCAGGGCAAUGCUGAUUUGUUGGAUAUUCCUGACUCAUUUUUUGACCACAUGCCUCUGCUACAGCACUUGGACUUAUCCUACACCAGUAUACGGGAUUUGCCCCCAUCUGUCUCCAAACUCACACAACUCAAGAAAUUUUAUCUUAGGGGUUGUGAUCUCUUCAUGGAACUACCCCCUCAAAUUGGACAGUUAAAGAAUCUCGUAGAUUUUAAUCUUGACGGGACUUUGAUCACCCAUUUGGCAGAAGAGAUCAGAGAAUUGAUCAACUUGCAAAGCUUAACUCUCUGCUUUGAUAGAUACCAUAAUUUACUUGGUCAUGGUAAAAAAAGCAAGCAAAAUUCCAAUUCAGCAAUAAUUCCUCCAGGAGUGAUAUCAAAUCUUAUUCAAUUGAGUUAUUUAAGCAUCAAUGUUGACCCUGAAGACGAGCGAUGGAAUGAGAAUGUUAUUAGUGUUUUGAUGGAAAUUUUUGGAUCAGACACGUUGAAGACGGUGAAUAUAUAUGUCCCAAGGGCUGAACUUCUGGAACUCAUUCCCUCCACAAGAUUCCUCAAUUUCAAAUUGGUUGUUGGUCAUCAUGUGAAACGGUUCAUAUCGCGUGUAACACCUGAAUUGGAGCAAAAAUUCAAAAAUUGUGACUAUAGUAUAAAGUUUGUUAAUGGUGUAAAUGUUCCAAAUGGAGUGAAAAUGAAUCUUGGACAUUUCAAGGCCUUGUACCUAGAUCGACAUAUGACCAUCAAAAGUCUAUCUAAUUUUGAGUUGAGGAAUUUAUCUGGGCUACAAGUAUGCAUAUUGGCGGAAUGUAAUGAAAUGGAAACAAUUGUUGAUGGGGGUUAUUUACAUGAUGAGCAUGCUCUUCCAAAUUUGGAGUUUUUGAGUGUAUUCUAUAUGAAAAAUUUAAGAAGCAUUUGUGAAAGCCCUGAACACUCCUUUCUCCACUUGAAAUCUAUAGCAUUGCACACUUGCCCCAUGUUAACUACCAUCUUCACCUUAGAGUCUCUUUACAACCUUCCUUUAUUGGAGGAGAUUAUUAUUGAAGACUGUCCAAAAGUGACCACUCUUAUAAGUCAUGACUCACCAGAACAAAAAACAAUGGCUUUCCUCCCCAGGUUGAGAAUGAUAACACUUCUCUACCUUCCUGAGUUGGUCAAUAUAUUUAAUGGUUUGCAUGUUGAACAGGCUUUAGAAAAGAUGGUAUUUUAUUAUUGUCCAAAACUCCAAAGCCUUUCGAAAUGGGAAUUGUCAAGCAAAUCCUUGAAGAUUAUCAAAGGAGAAAACAAGUGGUGGGAAGCAUUGAAAUGGAAUGUAGCGGAGUGGGGGGAUGCAGGUCGACCCAUUUUUCUUGAACCAAUUUUUUCUCCAAUAAAUGAAGAGGCUGACAUAUUAACCCAACUAGAUGCACAUCAAGGUUUCAUGUAUUUGCCAAUUUCAAGUUCUGGACGGUUGAUGGCAAAGUCAUCUUUGAAAGAACCAGUUUUGUCACCUUUAGCCCCUCUUCCAUUAUUGAAUAAUUCAAAAGGUGAAGUCCAAAAGCAGAAAGCCGUUACUGCGUCAAACAUGGACCAAUCGGUAUCAGUAAAGAAAGUAGUGCUAAAGGUUGCCAUACACGAUGACAAAAUUAAGAAUAAAGCCAUGAAGAUGGUCGCCGGUCUUGUAGGGGUUGAUUUAGUCUCUGUGGAUAUGAAGAGCCAUAAAUUCACCGUGAUUGGAAACAUAGAACCUCAGGUUGUAUUGAAAAAGUUGAGGAAGUUGUGUCACGCUGAGAUACUCUCUAUUAGACCAACAAGGAAGAACAAGGGACAUAAUGAUACUGAUGAGAUACUCUCUGAUGAACCAGCAAGGAAGAAGAACAAGGGUCAUAUUGAUAUCGAUGAGAUACUCUCUGAUGAACCAACAAGGAAAAAGAAUAAGGGACAUACUGAUAUCCAUGAGAUACUCUCUGAUGAACCAGCAAGGAAGAAGAACAAGGGAACUGAUAUCCAUGAGAUACUCUCUGAUUCUGAUAUCGAUGAGAUACUCUCUGAUUCUGGUAUCGAUGAGAUACUCUCUGAUUCUGAUAUUGAUGAGAUACUCUCUGAUUCUGAUAUCUAUUAAAUACUCUCUGCUGAAGCAAUAAGCAAGAA